AUGCGCGUGUACACGAAGCUUGCCGAUGAUGUGAACGAGGUCGAUGUGAUCAUUGCUGGAGGUGGCACCGCAGCAUGCGUCAUAGCUGGACGCCUGGCCGAGGCCGACCCUAGCCUGUCGAUUUUGGUAAUCGAAAGAGGCCAGGACAACCGCGGCGUUCAAAACAUCGAGAACCCUGUGUUCUUCCUAGACCACCUACUGCCCACUAGCACGACGGCCAUCUUCUACCAGGGCAACAAGGCAGGCCAACUGGCCGGCCGUGAGUUUAUCGUCCCCUCCGGUGGCACUCUCGGCGGUGGAUACCGGGGCGAGAAGGGUGUUCAUGGACACGAUGGCCCUGUCCACGUGUCUGAUGGCACAUUCCGCUCCGAGUAUUCUGAGAACGAAUUCAUCAAGGCUGCUGCUCAGGUCGGCUGGCCUGAGAUCAAAGACCUGCAGACGUUGGACGCCAUCAACGGCGUUGAGCGCUGGCUGCGCACUGUCAGCAAGGAUGGCAAGCGUCAAGAUACAGCGAGGGUGUACCUUCAUGACAAGCUCAACGGGAGUGACUACCCUAACCUCCAUGUCCUGACCGAGUCCAAGGUGGUUCGUGUCUUGCUUGACGGCCAGAAGCGCGCUGUCGGUGUUGAGUACACUCCAAACCCUGAAUUCCAAGCCGCAGUUGGUCCCACUCAGCACCCCAAGCUGACUGUCAAAGCACGCAAGCUUGCAGUGGUCUCUUGCGGUGCUUGUGGUACGCCCCCUGUGCUGGAGAGGUCCGGUCUAGGUGACCCUGAGAUCCUGAAGAGGGCGGGUGUUCCCGUUACUGUCAACUUGCCGGGUAAACCCGGGGGGCCGUCAGGUGUUGAUCAACAAGAAGGACAAAGUCUUGUGUGGAACUCCAUUGACAUCUCAUCCAAGCUUCGGCCAACGGAAGCAGAUGUGGCAGCUCUUGGUCCUGACUUCCAUGCUGCGUGGGACCGGGACUUCAAGAACGCCCUGGAUAGGCCUUUGACGCUCAUGGGCCUUGUAUCAUGUUUCCUGGGCGACUCUUCAACCGUCCCGGAAGCGCAGUAUCUCACUGUCGGUAACUACACGGCAUAUCCCUACUCGCGCGGACACGUCCAUAUUACAGGCCCUGAGGUCGACGAUCCGCAGGAUUUUGACGUCGGUUAUCUUAACGAUGCGCACGACAUCGACCUGAAGAAGCAGCUUUGGGCGUACAAGAAGCAACGUGCAAUCAUGCGGCGCACGGCAAUGUACCGCGGUGAGGUCGCGGCUGGCCACCCGCGCUUCCCGGCUGGUUCAGCAGCCGCCUGUGUCGACCUCGAUGAACCUCUUCGUGAUGUUCAGGACCUGGAGUACUCUGCUGAAGACGAUAAGGCGAUUGAGCAAUGGAUCCGAGAGAAUGUCGGCACUACGUGGCACUCCAUCGGCACUACGUGGCACUCUAUCGGCACCACAAAAAUGGCGCCUCGUGAGGAGUUUGGCGUCGUAGACCAGCACCUCAACGUUUGGGGCACCAAGGGUCUCAAGGUCGCCGACUUGAGCAUCCCGCCGAUGAACGUCGGCGCAAACGCCAACAAUACUGCGAUGGUAGUAGGCGAGAAAGCAGCAGACAUCAUCAAGAAGGAGCUAGGCCUCAAGUCAUGA